UUUCUCUUCAGACCUCGAAGGAAACCUAUCAGGCAAAGGAAGGGAGAGAGGCAGAAAGCAAAGUGAGGAGGAGAGAGAGAGCAAGAGGAACGAUGGCUAGCGAAUUCAAAAAGAAAGUGUUCUGGAGGGCAGUCAUAGCUGAGUUUCUUGCCAUGAGCCUUUUUAUUUUCAUCAGCAUUGGCUCAGCUCUGGGAUUUAACUUCCCAGUUUCCAGCAACGAAACAUCGACGAAGUCUCAGGACAACGUGAAGGUUUCACUGGCUUUUGGGUUAUCCAUCGCUACCAUGGCACAAAGCGUGGGCCACAUCAGCGGUGCACACCUGAACCCAGCGGUCACCUUAGGCCUCCUGCUCAGCUGCCAGAUCAGCAUCCUCAAGGCCAUCAUGUACAUCAUCGCCCAGUGCCUGGGGGCAGUGGUGGCCACGGCUAUUCUGUCCGGAGUCACCUCUUCGCUCCCGAACAACCUCCUGGGGCUCAACUCGCUUUCAUCAGGAAUCAAUGCAGGCCAAGGACUGGGAAUCGAAAUAAUUGCUACCUUCCAGCUGGUGUUGUGUGUCCUUGCCACCACGGAUCGGAGGAGAAACGAUGUCUCAGGAUCAGCACCUUUGGCCAUUGGUCUCUCCGUUGCCUUGGGACAUCUUCUCGCUAUUGAUUACACUGGGUGUGGAAUCAACCCAGCCAGAUCCUUUGGCUCAGCGCUGAUUGCCAACAACUUUGAAAAUCAUUGGAUCUUCUGGGUUGGCCCCAUCAUUGGAGGAGCAAGUGCUGCCCUGAUAUACGACUUCAUCCUGGCUCCCAGAAGCAGCGACCUGACUGACCGUAUGAAGGUGUGGACCAGCGGCCAAGUAGAGGAAUAUGAUCUGGAAGGAGAUGAUAUGAACUCCCGGGUUGAAAUGAAGCCAAAAUAAAGAAGGACAAGGGAGGAAAGAAAAAAAAAAUUUAAAAAAAAGAGAAAAGGGAAAAAAGAAAAGACAAAAACACACAAAAAAAGGCACAUUGGUUUCCGAAGAUCUUAUCAGUGUUAGAGACUCUUUGUAAACCAGCAAGCAGUACUUUAUUUUUUAACUCAAUAUGUUUUUCUGGGUUUUUUUGUUGGGUUUUUUUCUUUAUUUUUUGCCUCCAAUCUUCAUUGCAUUUUUAUAUCUUUGUUCUUUUUUUUGUUGGCUUUUUCCAAUGACAAAGCCCUCAGGCCAAGAAGUCAGUAGAGACUUCUGAGCGAGCUAAAUAAAUUGGGCUGGAAUUUAACCCCUCCCUCACUACCACCAAAUUUUCCAGUGGAUGUGGUGUGCUUUAUGGUUCUCCCAGCAGAUCACUCAGUAAUGAUAAGGAGUUCAAAGGUUCAGUCUGUUUGCUGAAAGAGCAAAGGACAGAGAACCAUCUGUGUCGAGAGUGGGGUGGCUUACACCGGAAAGAGUGUUUAUACUGGUACCCAGUGCCAGCAGUGCACAUGAAAAACCAUAUCAAAUCAUAGCCUAAAUGCAGGUUUUGGAAGGAAAGGACACUAAAAAUUGCCUCUUAUGUAGAAUUAAGUAUAAUUUCCAAAAUGCUAGAUAACCUCUGAGAAAGAGAGCCAGAAAAACUAAGUUUGGCAAGUACCUCCACAAGCCCCAGCAUCCACAGGUUUUUACUGUUUCAUUCUCCCUCAGCCUCGUUGUGAGGUGAGAGAAUAUAUGACCAAAAAACCCCACAUAUAUUAGAUAUAUAAUUCCUGGGAAACAAUAACUAGAGGCCAAAUUGAAGAGUAGUAAUAGCAAUGGCAGCAAGAAAAGCAUGGUAUAUAAAUAGGAUGUGAUGUAUGUAUGUAUACAUCUGUUCCUAUGGCUGCCCUUCUUUUGUUCAUCUUACCUAAUUCACCUGGAUGUUUUAAAGCAAUCCAGGAAGCAAAAAUAAAGCCCUUUUCUCCCUGACCCCAUUAUAAUAGCCAGUGCUGUGACUUUAGAUUCAUAGAAUCAGUGAGGGUUGGGAGGGACCACAAGGAUCAGACAGUUCCAAACUCCCUGCCAUGCCCAGGGGCACCCUACCCUAGAGCAGGCUGCUCACAGCCUCAGCCAGCCUGACAUGGGGACCCAUUCCAGCCUCUCACCACUCUCAUGCUCAACAACUUCCUCCUCACCUCCAGACUGACUCUCCCCACCUCCAGCUUUGCCCCAUUUCCCACAGUCCUCUCACUCCCUGACAGCCUAAAAAGUCCCUCCCCAGAUUUUUUUUGUAGCCCACUUCAGAUGCUGGAAGGCCACAAGAAGGUCACCUGGGAGCCUCCUCUGCUCCAGCCUGCACAGCCCAAACUCUUUCAGUCUGUGCUCACAGCAGAGCUGCUGCAGCCCUCUCAGCAUCCUCCUGGCCCUGCUCUGGACACACUCCAGCAUCUCCACAUCCCUCUUGUAAUGGGAGCUCCCAUUCAGGGACAAUAAACAGAUAUACACACAGUAUAUUUUCUAACGAGGCAGAAGUAUACACCUGUGUUUAAGUAAGGUCAUUUUUUUGGGGGGGGUGGUGGGGAGGGGUGUUGUUGCUUUUAUAUAUAUAUAUAUAUAAAUGUUUAUAUAUAUGUUUUAUACUGAAAGCCUAGCAUACCAUUUUGUAAGAAAACAAGAGCUGAAGACAAGCAGAAGGAAUUGCAGCAGAGCUUAGAGAAAUAAAUGACACUGGAACCAUAAAGAAAAUUAACAGCCCAAAUGAAGGUUACUUUCUGUUUUCUGUCUUUGUUUUGUGUGUGUGUGUGUGUGUGCUACUUAUGAUUGCCUGAGUAACUCAAAGCAUUAGCUGGUCUUACCUACUAACUAUAGACUGUAGUUAAAGCAGAUCCAUGCUGAUAGACUUGGUCUGCACUGAACAGUUCGAAGAUAGAGAUGAACCUACAUACAAAGUUGCACACUUUGCUAUUUAGACAAGUCAUAUUGUGGCUAUCUCUUGCUGGAGAGACAAUGUGGACAUGGGAACUGGGAGAGGGUGGAUGUGAGAACUCCUAUAGGUGGAAUCACUUCCUCAAGUUGAGCAGAGGUACAACAAAACAAAACAGAAGACUAUCACCAGCAAACUAAACCAGAAGAGCUUUUAUCUUCCUUGUCUGCAUUCGACAUGCUAUCCUGUGUAUUGUCUGUGUACAUACAGCAUGGCUGGAUUUUGGGGUGGUCUGAAGAAUAAACAGAAUCAAUUGUGCUAACAGAAGAAA